CGCGCACGCAACCGCUGCGGUUGCCGCCCGCCGAGCGAAUGGCCGCCGUGCGCGAGUGAGGCGCUGCCGGGCCCGAGCGGCUGAGACGCGGAUCGGUGUCGCCUCUUUCCUCCCUCCCCUUCCGUAGCACAGAUGGAGACCGGCAACUAAAGGCAGAGGCAAUCGAGCGAGUCUCCCCCGCAGGCGCCGCCGACGGCCGAGCCCGGGGGUCGGCUGAGGCGAUGCUCCGCGGCAUGGGCCGGGUGGUCGGCAGCCGCCGCUCUUUGGCUGCGGAGUGAAGGCGGUCGCCCUCCCGCCAUGGAUAAGCUGACCAUAAUCUCAGGAUGCCUCUUCCUGGCCGCCGACAUCUUCGCCAUCGCCAGCCUGGCCAACCCGGACUGGAUCAAUACCGGGGAGUCCGCAGGUGCACUGACAGUUGGCCUUGUUCGCCAGUGUCAAACGAUCCAUGGCCGUGACCGAACAUGUGUCCCUCCUCGUCUUCCACCCGAAUGGGUCACAACACUCUUUUUCAUCAUCAUGGGUAUCAUUUCAUUAACGGUAACGUGUGGUUUGCUGGUGGCAUCGCACUGGAGAAGAGAAACCACCAAAUAUGCCCGUUGGAUAGCCUUUGCUGGAAUGAUCCUAUUCUGCAUGGCAGCCCUCAUCUUUCCGAUUGGAUUUUACAUCAAUGAAGUUGGUGGCCAGCCAUACAAGCUGCCCAAUAACACCCAGGUUGGAUCAUCAUACGUGCUUUUUGUCUUGUCCAUCUUCUUCACAAUCGUGGGACUCCUGUUCGCUGGGAAGGUUUGUCUCCCUGGGUGAGGAAUUGGGAAAUGCCCUGCCUGGUUUUUCAUCAUUUGAGAAGACCCGGUUAUCAUACCCAUGUUGCUUUCUGCAGCCAGGGACUGUUCAAGCAACUCCCGCCGUCGAGGGUGGAUUAGUUCUUGUCACUAUGCACUUUGGAGACAAAGAAGAACGUUUCCUCUCCCGUGAGACUCGGAAACUAGCCAGCAAACUGCUGCUUUGUGGAGAAGGAUGGGGUUCUUCUGGGAAAAAGCAUUUGUGGGAACUGCUUCACUGAGGAGUGAUAAAGGCCCAGCUCUCUCCCUGCCCCGCCAUUAACACUACACCCAUCAUCGUUUUGCAUUGGCUCCAGAUGUUGGAAUCCAUUAUCUCUCAUUUUUGCUCUUUGGAAAGAGACUCCGUUUGCGCUGGCGGUGAGGAGGUAGACUCAGUGGGGCAGGCCUCACUGGUGAGACGCAGAACACUGCAUUUCAUGGAUGAGAAACCAUUCAGUCGACGGGGUUUGGGGGUGGGGGGUGCUGGGGAAACGCUACACUACUUAAAGCGAUACCAAAAUGGAUUUGACCCCAGGGUCUGGACUCUCUGGAGCACCAGUCUGACCGGGGCCCGGUGUUAUGAAGCCUAUAGAUCAAAGGUUGCAUUCUAGUCUGUAUAAAACAAACUUGGAAAAUUAUCCCUGCUGGAUAUUAAAGCCAAAUAUAUUAUUUUUUUUAAUAAUAUUUAGAAGAAACUCCUUUUCCCUAUUUCUGUUGGCUGAUGAAUUACAUCGUGGACGCAACUCUGGCCAGUUGGUUGCUUUACUGGAAGACACUAUUAUGUGAAAGUAGAAAUGAUUAGAGUCGCUGUUACUUUGAGGUGGAAAGCCCUCAGUUA